AUGAAGUCAAUUCUGUUGAAAUUUUGCUUGAUUCUGUUUCUAAAAUUUGCAAAAGGAAAAAUAUAUUGGUCGACAGUUUCAUUUACCUCUAACCAAGAAUACGUGUCGGAUUUUAGUGUGAAAAUAUUUAACGACACAGAUGGUGCAACAAAAUUAAAUGCGUCAGGAACUCAAUUAAAGGAUCUGGAAAAGUCUGCAGUAACAUUAGCUGCUAAGCAAACUCGUGAUGUAUUCAAAAUUAAUGCUGAUUCGUGUAAAUUAAAUGAAGACACAUUUAAAAAUUUUUUGGCACACGCCAUUUAUGCUGAUAUGAAAGAAAAGACCAACUUUAGAUUUUCAUGUCCACAGCGUAAAGGCUUUUUCAAACUAGAAGGUUUUGUACUGCCUAGUACGAUACCUUAUUUAGAUAAAGCUUUUAGAAAUAUUGUCAAUGGAUAUUUUGAAUUUACUUUCACGAUUCGAGGGAAACCAUAUGGUCAGAAGAAGUUAUUAAUGCUAAUAUUUGUGAAACUUUAUGGUGUUGUUCGUUGA